CGGACCUAGACCCAGAAACCCCAGGCCAGGGCCACACCUUCCUUAUCUUACCCACUAUGUGCGCUACCUACCUACGUACGUUGUUUGUUUGUCUCUAAGUAUUGCCCGCCUUCUGACUCCCACCCAAACCAAACCCAACCUAGCAUCAUCAUCACCACCUCGUCACCCAAUUUCUUCUUCUACCUGAAUAAAAAAACAAGCUACUUACAGUCAGAAUCGUUUUCCCCACCUAAAGACCCUCGUCGGACUUGACGUUGGUCUCGGUGGAUUGCCCUCGAAACUUCGGAACUCGCUGCUAAAGCUCAUAUUCAUGAUCCCCAGUCUUUGAGUCCCUCCAUGCGCCUAAAACCUCCCACCUCGUCGCCAUGGAUCUCGCCUCCGCCGCUGGCGACCACCCGAAUAACCUCAUUUCCUCCCUCGACUCUCCUCUCCCCGCCCCAAACACUUCCUCUGCCUCGGGCAUUCCUCAGCAAUCCGUGAACCCAUCCCAGCCAGCCUCUCACGCCAAUUCUCCCGACCGCAAACCCAAAAAAUCGUCACUGACCUGCGUCACCUGCCGCGCUCGAAAAGUCCGAUGCAAUGGUGCGCGCGACAUCUGCUCCAACUGCGAGCGACUUGGCUUUCCAUGCUCCUACGAUGACGGCGACGCCGGUGCCUUGUCUGGCGCUCUGCCGCGCCGCCGAGUUCGACAAGCUUGCAUCAGCUGUCAUAGUCGAAAAGCCCGAUGUUCCGGACACAUGCCUUCAUGCGAUCGCUGUCGCUCCCAAGGCAUUGAAUGCGUUUACCGACCAAGCAAAAGGGCGCGCAUUACAAUGAGAGGCGAAGGCCGAAGCCCGCAGAGUCAGGAAGGUGAUCGAGAAGAUGGUCACAACGACAGCGACCCUGGGUUGACCGACCCGGCUAGUACCGCUACGCCUCAAGGGUUUGCACCUGAAGUCCCCUUUCCAGAUGAAUCCUUCGAUGCUUUAAUAGGCCGGACUUUUAACAAGUUCUUCAACCAUGUCCAUCAUAUUCCCAUGUUCUCUUUUCUCCAUCGAGCCUCCCUUGAAGGACGAUACAACACAGGCAAAGUUGAAAAGGCACUUCUGCUGGCCCUGAUUGGCAUUACUUCGUACCUCACGGAUAUGGGACCGGGCAUGAAGGAAUAUGGCGAAAGAUGUAUCGACGAUGCUGAGGCUCUCAUUUUUGCCGAUUACACUCGGCCUUCAACCAUCAAAGUACAGGCGCUUGUCCUGAUUAUCAAGCAUCGUAUCCUGUCCAAGAAAUCUCCAAGCGCUUUCAUGUUGCUGAGUAUCGCUUCCCGAUACGCCGCAGCCUUGCGUCUGAAUCACGAAGCUCCAAAUCUUUGUUUCCUCGCCCAAGAGUCUCGCCGUCGACUCAUGUGGGCACUCUACUGUAUUGAUUCGGGUGUCUCGGGCGGCUAUCGUGACUACUCUCUUUGGAGUGCUGAUAAGAUCCAUGUAGGAUUGCCAUGCAAUGAGCGCAACUUUGAAUUUGAUCUUCCACAACCUACCGAGAGACUUAUUCAUGAUCCCGACAAACCUCGAAACCCCCAGGCCGAAGAUGUUGGAAGUCUAGCUCUCCACAUUCGCAUACAGCACAUGCGACGACGAAUUAUGGAAUUCUCUCGACGCGUUAUGUUGUCUCGAAAUACCAAGCCCGAUGAACUUCAAGCCGGUAUCUGGGGACUUCAGAAAGACCUCAGUGAUUUUGCAACCCAUUUACCAGCAUCUUUUCAAUUUUCAGAAAGCUCAUUGCGACUCCGAGCCUACUCUCCUCGAAUAUGUACAUUCAUCAUGAUUCACGUUUGGUGGCACCAAUGCCAGAUCGAUCUCUACCGUCUUGCCCUAGGAGGUUUACGGGAAGCCCUUCCUCGUGUUAUCCUUGCAUCUCUCGACGAUGCUUUUGUCGAUCAUUGUCAACGACAAUGUGUCGAGCAUGCCAUGUCAAUGGCCAAUAUCUUCUCAUCUAUGCACAAACUCAACUCGAAACCUGUGACUGAUUUGGAUAUGGCUAUCUGCGCAUACCAAUGCGCCCGCGUGUUGACAUACGCGUAUCAUACUAAUGCUUUGAAAUAUGACCUCAACUUGGAAGCCGUCAUGGAACGGGCAAAGAUUUGCCUGUCAACUAUCAAGUCCUGCUGCGCGGGAAAGACGGCUGAAGGAAUUCAAGCAGAUCUGGAAAGGUUAAUAACUCACGGAAUCGCCAUCCGUGGACCCUCUGCAACGCCAGAUCAGCACGGUCGACUCCCUCUUGAUAAUGGCUAUUCGCAGCAACCCUUACGACACGGUUUCGCGAAUGAUCAUACCAUGAGCGACGCCAACCAGUUCAGCUCAAUGAACCAUGUUUCGAUAACCGCCAUGACCGACUCGACGUUCCCUCCUUCGCUCGUCGCCGAUCCAUGGGUCCCCGAAAGUCAAGUCUCGCCAGACUUGCCACACCCAAGUACCGAAGCCCCAGCCCCUACAAAACCAACCGUGAGCGUUCCCGAGAUAGUGCCACGUCAAGACUUUGGAAUUUCAGAGAUCAACAACGCCUACGAUGGAGGAACCGAUGGGUUAGGCACGGACAGCGGGUUGGAGUACGGGAUGGGCCUUGAUCAGAAUCUUUGGAUGCCAAACAACGAUUGGCUAAGCAUGGAUGCUCUCAAUGGAGGAGUUGGAGCUUGAAAUGGAUUGGAUCAGGCUAGAAGACUUGAAUUCCAUUCGAGGAGUUUCAAGAGUUCUUCAGAGCCAUCUACACCAUAUUUAGUGUCGGAUCUCGCUGUGGGUCAAUGACACCCCGAAGCCCCGAUUCUCAACCCGAUGAUCCGACAAACCCUCCGAAGGCAGGAGUACUUCCAACGAGGCGAUGAAAUCGAGAUAUCCAGACGAAUCCGAAUUCUCGAGCUUGGAAACCGCCGCCUUACACCUUGGAGACGACACAAAAACGUCCACCACAGGAUAGAAAAUCAAUAUCGGCUGAUCCACCCCCUAUCACUUAUCAAAAAGCACGAACUUUGAGUCAUGAGAACCCUCGGGCAUGUUGCCGGUGUCUAUCUCGCAGUGCCUGAUAAAAGCUCGAUUAUACAGUUGUUAGAGCUCAUCUUUACUACCUCAGUGGUUUAUUCGCAUCCGAAGAUCACGUUCAGCAUCGGAUCUUGACCUUUCAAAGAAUGAGGACCACAACAAGCUAAGAACAUACUAUGCAUAAUCAAACCACAAUAACACUCAUCUACGUUCGAGCAAGAGUUGGAAUAUUGGGAAAGAACAAUCACGGAUACUUUAGGGAUAUGAUACCCUUGACGAAAUAAUGCGCAGAUGUUCUAGAUAGUGUAUUAUCUUUAUGUACAUACAGUAGUCUGAAAGACACAUGAGAAACGAAAGACAACAUCAAAGUCAAACACUACCUGUCCGUAUAACGCCGUUGUCAUCCUAUGGUCCACUGCCAGUAAUGACACUGACAUCUAGCAACCGCUUUUCUGUUCCUACAUAUCAAAUCAUCCCGCUUGUGCGCCAGUACAGAGAUUUAUAAAUAGCGGCGAAAGAAAGAACCAAGAUGUCCCAAAUGAGCAGUGAUCUCACAUUCAUGAAGAUG